AGGCGGCGCGGGGUGAGCGGGUCCCUUAGCACUGGGCGAGAUGCGGCUGCUCGCCGGCUCUGCCUCGUUCAGCUGAGAGGAGUACAGAGCUCUUCUUCAUGCCUUCCAGGUGCUGGAUGGAAGCAAGGCAAAAUACACUUGUGGAGCUGAACCUCUUCCACUCCAGUUCUAAAGCUGCAGAUCAUCCCGACUCAAGCAAGACGCAGUUUUGAAACAGGGAGUGGUACCUGGACUCUCUGCUUAAACUGCUUUCUUCUGUUGAAUUCAAACACAUAAACAAGAUGGUCAGCAGUCAGCCUCUCCCCAUAGCAGACAGUGGGAAAAGGAAAAAGAAAAAAAGAACCAGAGCUACAGACCAUGUCCCUGGGAAGUUUGAAGACUUGUACAAACUGACUGCUGAGCUGCUUGGUGAGGGAGCAUAUGCCAAAGUUCAGGGUGCUGUCAGCCUCCAAACUGGGAAAGAAUAUGCAGUAAAAAUCAUUGAAAAAAAUGCUGGGCAUAGUCGGAGUCGGGUUUUCCGGGAGAUAGAAACGCUGUACCAGUGUCAGGGUAACAAGAACAUUUUGGAGUUAAUAGAGUUUUUUGAAGAUGACACGAGAUACUACCUUGUCUUUGAGAAGCUGCGAGGAGGUUCCAUCCUGGACCAUAUACAGAAACGGAAGCACUUCAAUGAACGAGAAGCUAGCAAAGUGGUGAGAGAUAUCGCCUCUGCUCUGGAUUUUCUUCAUACAAAAGGUAUUGCUCACAGGGACCUGAAGCCUGAAAACAUCCUCUGUGAAUCUCCAGAAAAGGUAUCACCAGUAAAAAUCUGUGACUUUGAUCUUGGUAGUGGGGUGAAGCUCAACAGUGCCUGUACUCCCAUAACGACUCCUGAGCUAACGACGCCGUGUGGGUCUGCAGAGUACAUGGCACCUGAAGUUGUUGAAGUCUUCACGGAGGAGGCCACGUUCUAUGACAAGCGGUGUGAUCUGUGGAGCCUGGGAGUGAUUCUGUACAUCAUGCUCAGUGGUUACCCCCCUUUUGUGGGCAACUGUGGCACAGACUGUGGCUGGGACAGAGGAGAAGUCUGCAGAGUUUGCCAGAACAAGCUUUUUGAGAGCAUUCAGGAAGGCAAGUAUGAAUUUCCUGACAAGGACUGGUCACAUAUAUCCUCUGAGGCCAAAGAUCUCAUCUCAAAGUUGCUGGUUUGUGACGCCAAAGAACGACUUAGUGCUGCUCAAGUUUUGCAACAUUCGUGGGUUCAAGGACAGGCUCCUGAAAGGGGAUUACCUACCCCUCAAGUUCUUCAAAGGAACAGUAGCACAAAAGACCUGACCCUUUUUGCUGCUGAGGCUAUAGCCCUGAACCGGCAGCUGUCUCAGCACGAGAACGAGCUGAGUGCCGGGCAGGAGGCCGUUGCCCGCGCCGUGUGCUCCAUGAAGCUUUCUCCUCCCUCCAAGUCCCGCCUGGCCAAGCGCAGAGCCAUGACCCACGCCACCAAAACCAGUGACUUUCAGCCCCUUCCCCAUAAAGCCUUUUCAACUUCUUUCCUGCCACGGAUUGGCAAGAUCAGCCCGUGUUCUUAGGUGGAUUUGCAGCACCCAUAAAAGCUUCUCUGCGUCUGACACUUGGAUUAGAAGCUUGCUCUCGUGAUGUGACUUGUAACUUUAAGGGGACAGCUUUUUAUGGUAAUGUGUUUUGCCUGUCAGGUUUGGUGCAUUAAGGUAAUUUAACUGAUCUUUUUAAAGUGGAGGAGGUGGGUUUGCUGCUGUACUGAGUUGAUAAAUCACUAAGCUUUCCUCGUUUUCCUCUUAGAAGAGCAUGCUUUAAAAUGGGAACUUGAAAACAUCAGAAAAAAACCCCACUGCUUCCUUGCUUUGCCCAGCAAAGCCUCUCUCUGCCUAUGGCUGCCCUCCCUGAUGGCACAUCUCACAAGGUGCUGCUGCUAGUGUCAGCAGCAGGGACUGUUCUCAGCUCACAGCGCUCUUCUCUCUUUGUGUAGACUCAGGAAGCCAAAGUGAUGACGGGGUGGAUCUCUGUCUUCGUUACCCUCUUGGGCUUAAAGUAGUGUAAAGGUGCAAGGAUUGCUCAGGCUUUUAGAGAUGAAGAGGGCUGAGUCUUUUUUGUUCUGUUGAUUGUGUGUCAGCAGGUGGGAUGAAAGCUGAGGGUGUGUUAUUUCUUUAUCUGAUAUUUUUGUUCUUAACUGAAAUGUAUUCCAUAUCAUCUCUUUCUUUUUAAUUGGGGCUUUUCUUUGUAUCCAGUAAGUCUCCUUCUGACAGGUACCUUCUGAAGUCUGGCAACCACCCUAUAACAGACUGUUUAUGUAACAGUUUUUAUUUAGUGUCUGGGUGGGGUUUUUUUCCCCUAUAUUAAUGCUAUUCUCAGUUAUACCUUCCUUUCUGUAAACUCACACUUCCCCAAGUCCUUUUGUGUGUGUUACCUGGAAUUCUUAAUAGGAAUGGACAGGCUUCAGUGAGUUCUGGUGUAAUUGAGCAUUAUCAAACACAGAGGUACCUCUGUACAAAAAUGGUGCUGCAGUUGUUGCCUUCUGCCUCCUGCAGUGAUCUCAGGCUGACUGUCUAGAUCCUUGCUUCCAGUUUUAGUAUGGUGAUGCACUGGGGUCAGGAGUCGUUUAGAAGGAUACUGGCUGGUAAGCUGAAGACUUUUGAGUGACCAAGGUGAGGUGUCCAUGGAGAAGGACACAGAUGUUGAGCACUUUCUGAAACAUAAGCUGUGAAAAUUGGGCCACUGAAUGCCCAGCUUGAUGCACCUUAAACAUGCCAGCCACUUCUGAAACCCUUUGCCAGGGCAUUGUGGGGAGAGGGGGAGGAGGAGGCCCCCAGUACCGGCACAGACCCCCUUCCCGAGCAGAACGAGAAGGAAUAAAGUGGCAGAUCCAACAAGGGCUUGGAAAUGGAAAGGUCAGAGCUGAAUGUCUUUGCAUGGCCUCUUCAGAGCAGUUUUACAUUAUCUUUUAGCAGUGUGCAUACAGCUAUUUUUAUACAACAUGCUGUAUUUUGUGACUAAUAUGAAAGUUGUUAUUUAAGAGAUUUUAUACGUUGUGCCAGUGGAUGGAUUAUGAAAUGCAUUUUGCUUUGUUUCUAAUAAAAUGCUCUUAAGUUAUGGUUUUAACACA